AUGAUGGUACGACUCGGCCUUGCUAUGGUGGUCGGUGUGGCACCCGCGCUGGUGUCGUGGUGGCGAGGUCAAGGGUCUCGGUUACCUCCGCCUUUGACAAUCCCGAGCCCAUGUUCUGAGAAGUCGCUCAAAUGGCCAGCAAGAAGAUCACCCUCACUCUCAGAUUGCUUGGAGAGCACCAGUGACGACGACUCCGCCCGCUCUGUGGUGUGCCAUGUGAGACCUAAAUUACUAUACUUUCGUAUUGUUCUAAGCACU